AUGGAGAAAUGGCUAUUCAUUAUUGGUUAUUUGAUCCAGGUGGUGGGAUCCUUGCUUCUCCUCGUAAAAGUAUGGAGCAAAAAGUCAGUGUAUGGACUAUCAAGCGACACACAAAUUUGCUUCCUCAUUUCCACAUUAAGCCGAAUUGUGUGGUCAAUGGACACUAGACUAGUUGAAACAUAUUUAGCUUAUGCUGAAUUAGCAUCAUCGACUGUCGUCACUGUUUUGCUUUGUUUUUCCGUAUGGAAAUUUCGGCAUACAACGACGAAAGAGGCUUGGUGGCCUUUACGUUCGAUGGUAUUGGGUCCAAUCGCUUUUGUUCUUGCUGUACUUUUCCAUCCUGGAAGCGCAACAAUAUCAUUGCAAGUCUUGGUGGCUUUCACAAUGUAUAUUGAAGCAAUGGCGUUACUUCCUCAACUCUAUUUGAUGAGGAAAAUGAUUGAAGUGGAGCCAUUAACUUCUCAUUAUGUUGGCAUCCUCGUUCUAUCGAGGAUUGUGCGCCUUGCCUUCUGGUUUUCGUUAUUUAUGCAAGGAGAGCACUUCAUAGGGCUUUUUGUGGCAGAUCUACUGCAUACAUUACUUGCGGGUGACUAUCUUUAUAUUUGGUGCCGCAAGUUACGAACUGGCGGGGCCCUUAUUUACAAAUUUUAG